AUGAAUACAAGGGCUAAUCCUAGAAGAGCGAAACAGGAGAAUGUGGAUGGGGGAGUUCCUCCCCAAGGUCUUCAAGGUGACCAAGUCCCCAUAGGCAAUCAAGAGAAUGAGGUUCCAGUGGUUCCCCCGGCCAUGACUAAUGAAGAGAUUAGGGCGGCUUUUCUAACUCUAGAUCAAGCCAUGACGGCUCAAGCUAACCGAGAUGUGGGGCUUAGGGUGAAUGCUAAUGAGAGUACCGUGGCCUCAAGGUUCAGAGACUUUGUGAGGAUGAAUCCUCCUAACUUUCUUGGCUCUAGAGUGGAAGAAGAUCCCCAAGAAUUCUUGGAUGAAAUCUAUAAGAUAGUCGAUGCUAUGGGGGUUUCUUCUAGGGAGAAGGCGGAGUUGGCUUCCUACCAAUUGAAGGAAUCCAAGCUUAAGAGGUUGGGUAGAGAUUUGAAGAGGGGUAGAUCCGAUGAGCAAGGUCAACCUAGGAUUAAGAAGAGGGCUCCUAACCAAGAUUCCUCAAGUGCUCCUAAGGAUAAUCAAGGGACUGGUGGUGGUUCUCAAUUUGUUAAGCCUACUUGUCACACUUGUGGGAAGAAGCAUUUUGGGAAGUCUCUAGCCGGUACUAAUGGAUGUUGUGGUUGUGGAAAGAAUGAUAACAAGGUGAGGGAUUGUCCUACUCUUGCGGCUAGAGGAAGGGAUACUAGACAAGCUUCUUUUAGUGGUCCUAAAGUUGAUGAUCAAAAGAAGACUCGUUUCUAUUCUCUCCAAGACAACAAUGACAAAGGAGCUAAUCCGAAUGGAGAUGCCGGUAAGUUAUAG